GUUUGUAGACAAUGCCGUGGUUACCAUCUAAGAACUGUAGGUUCUACUGACGCGGAUUCCGAAGUGCAAGAUCCCGUACUGGCGUCCAUGUCUCACCCAGAGCCUCAGAUUCACGAGCCUUCAUGUUCUACGGAGUCCGCAGAGGAUAUAGUAGAGCAACCAAAGUUACUACCGCCUGCUACGCAAGAAUCGGAACAAUUGUCUGCUGCCCCUGUCCUUUACGUAAGAUUCCAAGAAGAUCUCAUAAGUGAGGUAAGUUUUUCUUCGGCAGUGUGUGAAUGAGUUUACUGAUUUAAAAGGGGCGGGACGUUUGCGUCACUUACUUUGUAAUUGUUGUCAUAAUUUACUGAUCUUUAGAACAAAUCAGGGAGGGAGGGAGAGGGGUUGUUGUUGCUUGAUGUAUUGGGCAUAAUGUUGGUUCUCACACUAAUUUGCAUAGACUUUGAAUAAAAUCGGAAUUCGUUAAAAUUGUUUGUUAUACUGAGAGUCACUGUAUGGUUGAGUCAGAAAAUUGUCUCCUCUCAAAGAAUGCCUGUCUUCGAGUAUGCUUUGCGGUCGUGGUUUUGAAUGUUGCUGUCUUCGAGUAUGCUUUGCGGUCGUGGUUUCGAAUGUUGCUCACUCAUAUUUAUCGAACUUCAUUUGAAGCUACAUUGUAUAGCGCGAAAUAUGAUAAAAUAUAAUCAUCAAUAACUCGUAACAAUUACUAUUCAAAGCUCAUUCUACUCCUGUUAUUAAUCUUAGAGAGGUUUGAGCAGAUUCGUAUAGCGUUCAUAAACAAAGCCAACGGGCGCAAAGCAUACCAGCCAACAGGAAUUAUUUAAUGUAAAACUUGUGCACGCUGACUAUACGGUAAUAAUGCCAAACUGAUGGAAUAAUUAGAUAUUUCGUAUACACAGUUUUUUUCUCUUCCAGCAUAGCGAUUGCGACUCAGACCCCAGCGACCGCCAUUUAGACGCUUUGUCGCGGACAUCUUCUGGAUCCCAGGAGUCUCUUGGCGCAGCAGAGACGUCAGCAGAAUGGCAGCCCACCCUUCAAAUACAGCACCGCCUUUACUACCUUAAUAAUUUCCUCAGAAUGGCUACUGAAGGCAGGGUAAGCCCGGUGAGGUCACAGUGCCAAUGUGACGUUCUUACUAUGUCAUCCAGAACCCAACGCUACUACCGGAAAAAAGCGGAGCAGGCUAUCGAAGGCGUGCUUGAAUCCAUUGCCCCUGGCAACGCCUCCUGGCUCUAUCACCAAGUCAUGCAACGGCGGAUUCGUUUACAAGCGGCCGAGGGUAUAGGCAUAUGGCAUAUGGCACCCGAACUCUUAAACUGGAGAGUGGAGAGAGCUUAGAAAUCCCGAACAUAGUGCGCACAGUUAUAUCCUCCCACCUAGUGCGCAUGUACCUGAACUUUUGUGUAGAGUCCAAUUUUGAGCCUCUCGGACGCUCCACGCUCUUCAAUAUAAUCAAGGUACGGAUUAUAAAACGUUCGUAAAGGACGCAUUUUGAUCAGGGUUAAUUGUAGUUGUAGUGAUGGAGUAGUAGUACUAAUGGUUUGCAUUUAGAAAUUAGUUUGAAACCAAAGCAUUUUUGUUUCUGUUCAGGUUUGUGGGGCUUCACUAAAGAAAUCGUUAGCCGGUCUCGAAAGCACUCAGACAGAUGGGGUACAGGCGCUCGCCACUCUUGAAGACACCACUCGUCAACUCAAACAAGCCGGUGAGAUACAAACACCUUCCAUUAUUACUGUAGGUGCACGAGUUGUUACAACUUUUAAUAAGCUGACGGAGUAUCAAUAUUUAUUAUUGUGUGUAUUUUUUCUAUCACAGGACUGGAUAGCACAAUGGCCGAUAACAUUCUAAUGCGACUCAAAGCUGGUCGGCAGUAUCUGAAGACGGAUUUCAAGAUCCACACAGCCAGCGAAUCCCCGUGCACAGAUCACUGCAGAGUGUUCGCCCUCAGUAGGACAGAGAAAGAGUACAACGGUCAGUGCCAACAUCAGCAUACCAUCACCUGUGACCGGGGUGAAGACCUAAAGAAUGCUGUCUUAGAUCUGCAACUAGCGUUGGAUUCAGGUGAAGUACAUCUAAGGUAAGAACAUCUUUGUGACAGAAAAGCAGAGUUUAGCAUUUAUUGUCAACUAACAACCUAAUCCCCAGGGCGCUUUAUAUGAGUUUAGAAACUUUAAAUUGCUUUGGGUGGUUCUAAACCUAAUGAACAUAUGUUUUAAAUGAAACGCAGUUUACGAAAAAAGUGAGAGACAUCAUUAUUUUUUUGAUAAAACGGCUCCAAAGAAAAAUUUCUGACGCUAUCGCGCCGUGAUGUUGACAAGCUCUACUCUUUCCGUUUUUAGUCCUAAUAAACGAGAGGAGUUACAGCAUGAUCUGAGCUGCGCUGCGCCGAGCAUAGAAGAUUGGAAGUCGCACGUUCUCCGUUCAGUUCACCAGGAUGCGGCCAAGAGCGAAAUUGUUGAUAGCCUAAAACCAUCACAGGUGCUGCUAAUAAUGGACCGGGCAAUGAAGUUUAUUCCAUUAAGCUUUCGCGAAGCGCAGCGCGACUGGUUUGGAAAGAAGGGGAAGGCCUGGCAUCUCUCGGUGGCCAUCACUAAAGCAGAAGAUGGAACAAUUGAGGUAGAAGUCAUGUGCCUUCUCUUCUGUCUUUAUCGCUCACUGACCACUAUAAACUAGUUUCGCGUGAGCGCGGUCUUUGUUGCGCUAACCGAUUGCAAAAUUGGGUAACUGAUAAGAAUGCCAGGGCCGGGAAAAGAAGCGAAAGCUUAAAUUCGUAAUUUCAAUAUUUCAUUGCUUUCGGCACUUAUAUAAGAUAAAACGUUGGCGACGCACCUAAGAUGCCGCAAAAGCUCAUGGGGCGGAAUAUAUUUUUAAUCCAAAUGAAAGGCCAUAAACAUUCUCGAAAAAAGCAGACCUUCCCGGGUGUUACCUCUAUUUCAAGUCAAAAUGCGCAGUUUAAUGCUCCAUUAGCCCUUGACUGUGACCAGGUCCCUUGGUGCACUAUUCAUUCUAAAAAAUGCUUUACUAUUAUGAUUUUCAGACACGUACGUAUAUCCACUUAUUUAAUGAAUGCAAUCAAAACUGGUUCAGCGUUGCCUCCAUCAUCGAAGAUUCACUAACCACCAUGAAGCGACAGAAAUCUUGACUGAAUGAAGCUUUCCUGAGAUCUGACAACGCAGGCUGUUAUCACUGCGCAUUUCUUCUUCUCAGUCUCCCAAGCCUUGGACAGCGAGUUGGUGUCCGCAUAGCUCGUUAUGACUUCAGUGAGGCCCAAGCUGGGAAAGACAUAUGUGACCGCCGAGCCGCCGCCCUGAAGAGCCACAUUAGGCGCUACAUUAAUGAAGGCAAUGACGUCAAGACAGCAGGUGACAUGAAAGCUGCUAUUGACUCGCAUGGGGGCGUGAAAGGCUGCUACUCAGUGGUAUGCAAGGUUGACGAAAGGUCCCAAAACAUGACCAAGCACUCGCUGAGUGGCAUACAGUCUUUGAUUAACUUCGUGUUCACUGAAAGUGGAGAGAUGAUCGCUUGGCGGGCCUGCAAUGUCGGACCCGGAAAGGUCUCUUCCUCGGCGUCGCUAGCGCGUCUCGGUGCCCCUCAAGGCUCGAAAAACUUACAAGUUCUCCAGGCAUUCAAUAGUCCUGACACACUGACUGGUGUCUUCCGUGCAUCUUCCAGCACGCAAGAACAGCAGCCCGCAGCACCUCAAACGGACCCUAUAGCCGUAGAACGGAUUCAGCUUGAAGAAGAAGAGCGUGUGGCCUUUGACUGCCAAGAGGAGGGUUGCAUAAAAGUUUACCAAAGUCACAGCAGCCUUCAGUGUCACCUCGAAGCCGGGAAACACCUUCUCGCGUUAGAGAGAGAGUCCACGUAAGACGUGAUAAAGAAAAAGUGGGCAGAGACCUGCAAGUCAAUUUCUGGUAGCUACGUGGAAGCAGCUCAGCCGCCCACAUCUGCAUCCGCCUCAGUUUCCCAUAGUCAGUCGGAAGACCCGCCGCCAACAGCUGACAUGGGCUGGGCAUUAAAAAAGACCAAGAAGUCUGUUCAUUUCACCACCAAAGUGCGCCAAUUUCUGUGUGAAGUCUUCCUUCAAGGAGAGGACACCGGGAAUAAAGCAGCGGCUGAGGAUGUAGCAGCUCGAAUGAGGUCCGUGCAAACCGCUGAGGGAACUAAGGUAUUUACCAAAGACGAGUGGCUGACAUCUACCCAGAUUUCCGGAUAUUUCAGAAGAAUGGCCGCAUUAAACCGGAGUGGGGGUCUUCAUAGAAGAGAGGAGGCGUGGCCAGUGCCGACAGAACCGGUACCCGAGGGAGGAGAAAGCGAAGAUGAGGAGAAAGACCCAUAUGUGGCUGAAGCUCCCAUUAUCAGAACACGGCUUCAAAUCAGGAGGGAGCUAGAAUUGUAA